UCAACACACUGUUCAUAAAUGAGAUGAUUAAUCACGUGUUUCAAAUUAAAUGGAAUCGAAUAAUCAUUAUCCGAAUUAAAAUAUGGAUUGGUGUAAUCGUUUUCCGUAUCUGGUUCCGGUAUGGCAUUCAUUGAGUAGUCAAAAUCUUCGAAUUUCUAAUGAUAAUAGAAUCGAUCCGAAUUUGAAUAUUGAACUCGGUGGAAUCGGCACUUACGAUGAUAUAUAUUACAAACAAUACCAACGACUGCCAUAUCGAAUCGAUCGACCGACAUUGCCAUUUUUUAUCAAUAAUGAUGAUCAUAGCCAUGCAAAAUUUUCUGCUCAUAAUUGUCUAGCAUUCUGUCCAAAAAGAAAAAUUUUAUUUUCAUCCAAGCAUGGCCAAAUUAAUGUGCUCAACCUUAAACAGUCCGACAACACAAACAAUGGAGGUCAUCGAUUUACAGCCGAACAAUCCUCUUCCGUCAAUCCUUUUGUAUAUGAUAUUGAUGAUGUUUGUACCAAAAAACUAACCAACGAUUAUAUCUUAGGUUUACGGCUUUAUGAAAAAAGCGACCAGAUCGAGCUUCUAACUUACUCUCGAAAAUCCUUUGCCAUAUUUAAAUACGAAUCAUCUUAUGGAAUCAAAGAUAGAUUAAGCCCUAUUACCAACCGCUUCAAUUCACUUCAUUUUUUUCCUUCACAUGAUUCGCUUUUAAACACAUGGGAUCGAAGCCCAGAUUUUUAUCAACAAUUUUUAACCACUUAUAUCGAUAAUCCAAUAAUCUAUCGUAGUGAUAUUGAAAAACAUACUCUGGUUGUGGAGAAUACGAUAAAUGUCGACAUUUUUCAACCACGUAAUCAGUUCAUUCAUUUAGAAUAUAUGAAAAAUUUCAACCCCUUUCUCUAUUUAUAUGGUACACACGAGAAUAUCUGGUUAGGUGAUACUCGAGUCAAAAUGUCCGGCGAAAAAAAACAACCAAAACCCUUAAUCAACUCUAAAGAAUUUGUCUUUUUCAAACCAUUCGAAUUAUUUCAGACAUUCCAUGUUAACCCUGUCGACCCUCAUCAAUUUAUUACCACAUCAGAUUUCAACAUCAAUUUUUUCGACCUUAGAUAUCCAAAUAAGAAUUUAUUUCAAAUCAAACACAUGAUUUCGGAUAAACUGGUAAAUCGAUUGUUGGCGAUUAAAAUACCAUCAAAUCAAUCCUGUGAUACUCUUAUGUUAAUGGCUUCGAAUCAUAUCAAAACAUGCCUUCUGACACUCAAUUCCGAUAACAUUCAGCCAAAAAUGUUACAUGUUCCAUUCUAUUUGGAUUGUCCGCCUUCAAUUAAUAAACUAUUCCCAAUCAUUUCUGAAAAUCAAAAUUUUAUUCGUGGUAUGCAAUUUUUACCACAAACAUUGACAGAAAGUUCCAGUUGCUUUUCAACAGCAUUUCUUAUGAAUAAUGGAGACAUAUUUUGUCAAGAUUUUUGGCCAAAAUCUUCAAAUGAUAUUGAUGCUGAUUUGGCUGAAGAUUUCAUGUACGAAAACAAUGUUGGUAACAAAAUCUAUCUGAAUUCUGAAUUAGAUACGAUUACUAAAGAUUACAUGAACGAAGUCUUAGAAUAUUUGAAUAAUAAAGAAUCGAAAGUUUCUGAAAUAGCCAAUAGUCGAAAUAUGAAGGAAUAUUGCCGCAAAUGCAAUGAUAAAUUGCCAUGCACUCCAAAUCCGAUAAAUUUUUGCUACUGUCUUCGUUCAGAAGCUAAAUCAGAAGAAUUAGAACUAUUUACUUCCAAUACAGAUAGCUUCAAUGAUAUUCUAUCUACUGAAAACUCAACCGUAGCAAUCGAUGGUAAACUUCGUUAUCGUGAUGGCGAUCAAAUCGAUUUCGAAUUUAUCAAACAAAAUUGGUUUCAUUUGCAAAAUGAUUCGACGAAGGAUGGUGUUCGACAAUAUUGUCGCCCAUUCACACGAAAAUUAUUUGAUCCGUGGUAUCAAGGAAUAAUUGAUGAGUCUUCUCCAUCUCCAAUUGUUUCUAGCUCAUCAUCUUUAUUAUUAGCAUCUCAGCCGACAUCAUCAUUAUUACCUCAUGAUGAACAUAAUGAUGAUGACUGUGACGACCAUAAAGAUUUUCUAUUGAAUAAAUAUUAGUCAUAAAAAUCUCAUUAUCAUAAAUAUAUUCUUAAGCUGUGAUUUUUUUAUUUUUCUUUUAAAAUAGAAAUAAAAAUUCAAUGUUAAUAAAUGACAA